AGAGAGGGGGAAGUAAAAGAAGACAGAAGGUUUUGCUUCAUUUGAAAGUUUGUCUUCAAUGCCAAAAAGUCUCACGGACCCAGUGCCAGAAAAGCACCAUAACAAGAACUGGUCAGUGGAAGGAAUAGAAAAAAAAAAAAAAGUGGUCAUAUGGGUAGAUGAAGGGACAAGGUUUUUGGUUUUGGCUUCUGCAGAAGAUGAGCAAUGCAUGAAGAUGGUUUUUUUUUUCUUUCAAAUGGUUCAGAGUUCAGACAUAAAUAGAAUGCCAAAGUUUUUAAUAUAUUGAAACAGGGGUAGUUGAUUCUGUUCUUCUUCUUCUUCUUCUUCUCCUUCAACACAAACCAUUUCAGGUGUUCAUCUGAUGCUGUUGCAUCAAAGAGGUAGUGAAUGAACACACAAUAUGCUUCAUAGUUAGUACUCAUCCACCCAAAAUAUGGAUAGGAGAUUGCCCAGGAGCCCAUCGCUUAAGAGCCCUGUGCUGUCACCUAAAAGCCCUGCAAUCUAUGAAAAGUACAAGUCAGGAUGUGCAUUGGGAUUAAUUCACUUCUUCGAUUUUCGCCAAGGUCAUUCCCAUGGGAAGCUCAUUUCUGAUAAGAAGCGCGUUAACAGACAGGAUAAAGGUGAUGGUUAUACAAGGAAUAGGUCUGAUUUUCUCACUAAUGAGGAGAAGGAUCAAUGCAGAGAUGAUGCACUUGAUAGCAAGAAUCUUGGGGUUAACUCCAGGAAGCCAGAAGUUAAACGAAUUAUAAAAGAAGAGACGCCUGUGAAGCUUCAGGUAAAGAAGAACACAGCCAUUGCUGAAAUGCAAAAUCUACAAUUUAACCCCAAGCUUGUUGGUCAUUCAAAGGACCAUAGGAAGGCAAGCAAGAAUUCCAAGAAAUCCAGUCGCUUUCCUGCACGUGGUUGUAAGGAUAGAGCAACAGAGGGAUGUAGGCAGCCUUCUGAUCAAAAUAUGGUUGACAAAUUUAACAACAACUCGGCAUCACUGACAGAAGCAUCCGGCGAUGAUGAGGAUACUAACAAUGGAGGGACUUAUAGUUGUAAAAGCAACGGUGGUGGGAAGCAUUAUCGCCACACUGAGAUUAAUCUUCGAGUUCAUAUGAAUGAAGCGGUUGAAGCUUUUGUAAAUCAGAAGUUAACUGAUGGGGAGAACCUCGAUAGAAAUGAGCUAGCCAACCGGUCUAAGAAUUUUAUAGAUGCAUUGGAGAUUUUAAAUUCCAACAAGGAAUUAUUCACGAAACUCCUACAAGACCCAAAUUCACUGCUAGUGAAACAUAUUCAAGGUUUACGGCAUUCUCAGGCAAAGAAUCAGCAACAUCAAUCUUCCUCCAAAGCUAAAACAUCACACUGCCAGCCAAAAGAAGCAGGGGAAUGCGAACCUUCAAACACAAUAGUAGUCUUGAAGCCUGGCAUGCAAAACUGUCCUGAUAGAAUCAGUAAUUGGCCAUCACCACAGUCUCAUUAUAGCUUGAGGAAAAAGGAGAGGAGUGCUAGGCCAGCAUUCUUGUCUUUUGAACACAUGAAAAGGAAAUUGAGGCAUGCUAUGAGGGUAAACAAAAAAGAGCAGUGCCAGAUGUCCCUUGAUGGUAUUCAUAAAUCUCAACGUGACUUCGAACAGUUCGAUGAGGGUGGUAAAGAAAUGAGCAGGCAGGCAAAUGAAAAAAUUUCUACUGGUAAAAGCUAUCCCGACGUUCGCAAAAUGUCCGAAUCUUCCCCUGAGGUCAAUAGAAGAGAUGGGAUGGGCCAAACAGAGAACUUUGGUUCAGGGCCUUCAGGCAUCGGAGGCAAAGCUGCUUCUUCCACAGAAAGUUGCAAUGGAACCUCAAACCUGUUAACUAUAAGGCAUCUCAAAGGAAAAUUUCACUCUACGAAACAUCUUUCAGAGAUAUUAAAUAGCGGAAAUGAAGAUUUGUCUAGAAAACAGACCCUGAGAACUAUGGAUAGAUUAAUGUCUUUGCCUGAAUACGACUUGUUGCCCCUACUUACUCCAGGAAGGAACAAGGAACAUAGAUUUGCUUCCCCGCAGAUGAGAUUUUCACCAUACAACAAUUUUCCAACUGCCAAUGGAUACAAGUGGAGGGUUCAGAAUGAAAAGAAGAGCAGCUGCUUAAGUUCUUCUCCCAUUAAAAAUUUAGGGGCAGAUCCCAUGUCUGAUAAUGAGAAACCAGAUGAUCGAUUGCAAGGUGAAAAGAAAAGUAUCCCCGGCAAUUUAUCUCCUGCCACCAAAGUGCUUCCAACUGUCUAUUCCCCUAGUGAAGAUUUGAGUCACAAAGUUAAUCAAACUUCUGUAUGUCCUGGGAAUAUCAUGGAAAGAAAUCACGCAGAUAGAUGGGGUGAAAGUAAUGCUUUGGAACCAAAUGGUGUGCAGAAUACCAACACCAACCCAAGAACUGAAGCAGUCAACACAUUCGGAGACAGUGAAUUACUUGAAUGCUUAAAACUGGAUUCACCUUUAGGGGAUCAAACAUCAUCUUCUUCAGUACAUGUUUAUUCUUCAAGUCCUUUUCAUAUUCAAAGAGCAGAAGAUUCUGAUAGCAUGACUGACAGAGCAGAGCAGCCAAGUCCUAUAUCGGUUCUUGAGCAGUUCUUUGUAGAAGAUAACACUAGCUCUCCUAGCACCAUAUCUCUAGCAGCUGAGCCACCAGUUGGGCCAUUUUGUAUUGAAGAACUCUAUGCAUCUUUGCUUGUGGAAUCCCAUUUGGAUCUGAAGAGUAAUGCAGGUACUUCCACGGACAAGCAAGGAUCUUUGUCCGAGUACAUAAAAGCAGUUCUGCAAAAGUCAGGUCUCAAUUGGGGUGAACUCUCUAGGAAAUGUCAUUUGUCAGACCAAAUGCUUAACUCGUCCUUGUUUGAUAGUGUCGAAGUAUGGCCAGACAAGUCCUGUGCUGAUCGUAGGCUGAUUUUUGGCUACAUCAGUGAAGUCCUUUUGGAGAUAUAUCAAUGCUAUUUCAGAUGCUCUCCUUGGGUAUCACUUGUCAACCCAAGACCUCGACCGGUUCUGUUAUCAAAAAAUGUGGUUCAUGAGGUGUUAAGACAUGUAGAUUGGCUACUCUUUUCAGAGCUACCCCAACAAACAUUACAGCAACUUGUUGAAAAGGAUUUGGCCAAAUCUAGAGUGUGGAUGGAUACUGGAAUUGAUACUGAGGAAGUUGUUACUGAGUUAGUGGACCGCAUCCUAGAGGAUUUGGUAGUCGACAUUGGAGAUUGGCUGCAAACUUAAAGCAGUGCAUGUUGCUUCGUGUGCUUCUUCCCAAAUGGCAUCAGCAAAAUAGAGGCAGUUUAUGCAGGGCAACACAGCUAGUGUCCCAUAUUUAUGGAGACGUGACCAGCCUCUUUGGAUGUAUAUUCUAACCUCAUGUUCACUCCUAACUCCUAAUUUUGUGUGCAGAACAGUGUGCUGGCUCUAGAAGGGAGAUUUUUUUUGCUGGUUUGCAAGAGGUUAUCGGUCUGGUCUGGUGCAUGGAUUCAGUCGAUGGUCUAGACUCCCUAUAUGCAUAGUUUACUUAAUACUAUCAGUUAUAGCUUUUACUUGACACUAGUUUAAAUUUUCAGUUCCAAAAAGAUUUCCAGCAAGACUGGAUGAGCCAGUAUACACAUACAGCAAUAUUGGCUUAUAGCUUGUAAUUCCCAAGUAAAUUAUUCAGUCCACUAGUCUACACAUUUCAGAUGUAUAUACGUUUUUCAUGCCAUAACCUCUUCCAUUUAUUGUCUUUCUUUAA